CCUUGUUGCCCUCGUCUCUCAUGGCUGCCCUCUUCUUGUCCGACCUGGAGCCUAACCAGGUCCUUUUUGAAGAAAGUUCAUAUGCACGAAAGAUGAUAUUAAACCGACCUCACAAACUAAACAGUCUCACUUAUGAAAUGAUUUCUCAAAUUUCAAGGAACUUGGAAGUGUAUGAGAAUGAUCACUUGGUCAAAAUUUUGAUUUUAAAGGGACAAGGAAAAGCAUUUUGUGCUGGUGGAGAUGUUGUAGGAAUUCUUCUUUCUAUAAUUAAUGGACAUUGGAGCUUUGGUGCAAGGUUUUACAAGAAGCAACUCACCUUAGACUAUUUAAUUGCUACAUCUACAAAACCUUUGGUUUCACUUAUCAAUGGAAUUGUCAUGGGUGGAGGUGCUGGACUGUCCAUGAACUCAAUGUUUCGAGUUGUCACUGAGAACACUGUAUUUGCAAUGCCAGAAGGACAAAUAGGACUCUUCCCUGAUGUUGGUGCAUCAUAUUUCCUUUCUAGGCUGUCGGGAUCUUUUGGAGAAUAUUUAGGACUCACUGGUGCACGGCUGGAUGGAAGCGAAAUGUUGGCUUGUGGCCUUGCAACCCAUUUUGUCCUCUCAAAGGAUCUUCUUUUGCUGGAAAAUGCGCUAUCGGAGGUGGAUUCUUCAGAUGCAUUAACCAUUUCUAGGGUCAUCAGUGCAUUCUCAAGCAAAAUAUCCUUAAAGAAAGAUAGUGCCUUCAGGAGAUUGGAGACCAUCAACAAAUGUUUCUCAAAGGGAACAGUCGAAGAAAUACUAUCGACACUGGAAAAUGAGGUUGUAAAUGGAGACAACAAGUGGAUGGUCCAUGCAAUAAGUUCUAUGAAGUCGGCUUCUCCAACAAGCCUUAAAAUUUUUCUUAAAUUGAUUAGAGAAGGGCGGACAAAAGAACUUAAAGACUGUCUAAUCCAGGACUAUACCAUCGUUUGUCACCUGAUUCGAAGAACAUUCAAUAUGGAUUUCAUUGAGGGUUCAAGGGCAAAGUUAUUUGAGAAAGACAAACAGCCUAAGUGGGAGCCUUCAAAACUGGAGCUGGUUAGUGAUGAAAUGGUGGAUCAGUAUUUCCAAAAAGUUGAUGAUGCUGAUUGGGAAUACCUACAACUUCCUGAAAGAGCAAAUAUUGCCAAAAUAUGGCAAUCAAAACUCUAGCUGGAUUGUGAAAGAUGAUUAAGGAAUAUA